AUGGAGAAAUGCGGCGCUUCAGCACAAAGCAGAACUGAAAAGUCAUACUGCUGUCAAACCUGCGGCAAAAACUUUUCUGCAAAAUCAAAAUUAACAGAACACAAUCGAACGCACACAGGUGAAAGGCUGUACAGCGGUACAGCGUGUGGCAGAAUUUUUGCUAGUCAGUUCGCACGGAAAACUCACAGUCGAACACACACAGGUGAAAAACCUUAUGCAUGUGUUACUUGUGGUAAGAGCUUUUCGCAAAAAGGCACAAUGAAAAGACACAGUCACACGCACACAGGUGAGAAACCGUUUACCUGUAUCACCUGCGGUAAAAGCUUUGCGAAUGAUUUCAUCUUAAAGCAACAUGUUCGCACUCACACCGGCGAAAGACCUUACACCUGUAUUACUUGUGGUAAAAGUUUUAUGCAGCAGUCUGCAUUGGAUAGACACAGUCGCACACACACUGGUGAGAAAUCCUACACAUGUAUCGCUUGUGGUAAAAGAUGCACAGACCAGUCUUCGCUGAGAAAGCACACUCGAAAACGCAAAGGUGAAAAAACAUACACCAGUGACAGUUGCGGCGUAAGUUUUAUGAAUCAGUCGGCAUUGAUAAAGCACAGGUCAGAACAUUUUACACCUGUAUGACUUGUUUGACAAAAACUUGUCAGAUCAUUCCACUUUGAAGAACACGUGUGACA